GUAAGUUAUGAUAUAAAAAGCAAUAGACAUCAAUUAAAAAUACUUAAAAUCAAUUAAAUUUCAUCUGAACUAUGGACAUCAACCACGUACUAUAAAUGAGGCGUUGGCUUCAAACCGUUUUAAUUUUAACAUCGUGUUCGCUCACCACAGCACAAGAGGACGGCGCGCCGACCCUCUGUCCGAAUCACUGCUCAUGUUCGCUAGAGGGGGAGAAAUACAUUGUCGACUGCAGUGACAGGAACUUCACCACGGUGCCGCCCCUGUACGGGUUCGAAGAUCUUGGGGAGUUUAAAGUCUAUUUUUACUUAAACAAAAACAAAUGUAGCUACAUCCUGCGGAAUUCGUUUUACCCUGUUAUUGGCCGGCUGCGGUUUUUAGAGAUGACAUCGAAUAAACACAACAUUGAAGUCGCUGUUGGAGCAUUCGAUGCGUUUUCGGAUAGUCUGGAGGUGUUGAAAAUCGGACCUGUUUCCGGAGAAUUUGACCAGUUUUACAAAUCAAUCUCCAAAACGUCUUCUCUCGUGGAGUUGCAUAUCCGUUCUGGUUUGAAACAUCCACAAAUCCUAACAACUCCAUUGGAUUAUCCGCGGUUGAAAAGUUUUACAUUACAUAGCUCUCAGCUCCAGGAUAUUAAUUUCAAAGUCUUUGACUAUGUCCCGUUAAGAGCUUUAAGGCUUUAUGACAACAAGCUGAACGACAUCCCGAAAGAAGUCUCAAGGCUCAUGUCUGCGACGUUGGAGAUCUUGUCCUUGAGUCGUAAUAAAAUAACACAAAUCAAAGAUGCCCAAAUUCCUUAUGGCUGUAAGCUAAUGUUUCUUGAUAUCAGCUACAACGAGGUUGUGUACAUUGAAGAAGGCGUACUAGAGAGAUGUAACAAUCUGAAGCUACUGAACCUCUCGCAUAAUUCAAAUCUACAUGAAAUAGGUCCGAAUGCGUUUGACGGUCUGAGAGGAAUCGUUAUAGAUCUAAGCUUCACCAGGAUCAGACACAUCGACUUCAUCGACCCCGAGCAGGUCAAGAUGUUGAGACUGACCAGCACACACAUAGCCUGCAACUGUGAGCUACAGGUCAAGGUUAUACCACCAUUCAAAGACAAACUUAGAGGGACUUGUCGGCUGCCUAAGGAACUCAAACAUUUCCCUGUCGACUGGGACCUCAAUCUCCUUAAGCUCAACUGCACUGAGUACAUGAAAAUACAAAAACGGAAACGGUUAACCGAUGAAGGAUUCAAAUCUGUUAUUCCAGAAGAUUUCAGUCAAUACUUUGAAAUGAUCUCAAAAUUCGUUUUUAAGGGUAAACAAAAAUCAAAAGCAGAACUCAAACAAGCUCAUUCCGCGUCGUCUGCAUCCCCUGGAUAUCCCGACAGUUUAAGCUCAUCAUUCGCUUCCAUCCCAAACUCACAAGUAGAUGAAGAUGGGACUUCAGAAACGGUCACUCCUUCAUUAGGGACAUUACCUGAGUCACAACAGACACCUGGUGAAAUGUCGUCAUCGGCGUUAAAAAGAUCUAAGAUGAAUUUAAUGAAGUCAACACCCACCGCAAAACGAGGCACACACCGGCAUAAAACAUCACCAGUACUGAGCACAACAAGUACUCUACACCAACACGCCAGCCAGGAGUACCACCCCCCACAUCCAGAACCUAGCACCGUGGCUGAUUCCUACAAUAGAGAAGAAAAAGGAUCUAAAGAAACCUCCUAUCAAAACACGCAAUUACGCAAGAGAAAAAAUAAAAACAGCAAUGGCAGGAAUAACUAUAAUGAAGUUAACGUUGAAAACAUGCAGAAACACGAACACAGCAGUACAGAAGACUCCUGCCCGAAAGAACGUUUUGAGGAUUUUGUACAGCCUAUAACUCACGUGUCGUCACUGCCGACAGUUCAUCAAAGAGUCAGAACUCAACUGGUACAGGAAGGGACCGUGAAGCCGACUAAUCCCGCAACGAAGAAACACGAACGUAGCAACAAGAAACCUCUACAGAAACCUCCAGAGAAGAAAAGCCCAAAGAAAACUAAUCUUCCCCAGACAAAAUUGCCUCUUUUGAAGCAGAAAGUAGCCGCCAAACGCCCGGUUAAAAAGGAAAACGAAGAAGUUAACCGUUGGUAUUUUAACUGUCCGCUGUCGGUGUUGGCGUGUCUAGUCCACGCUUUUUUAACAUUCGCUGCGUUUCUAACAAUCGAACACGGCACGAAAACAAAACGUCUGACGUUAAGUUGCCCACUUCCGUCUCCAGCGAAGGAAACCAUGAUAGAAACACAAACACACAGAGAAACGAAAGGAAAAGUACAUAAGACGCCACUCGCAUCAAAAGCGAAACAAGAGUUGUUUAAGUUACCAAUCCUCCUUUCUAGUGAAACAAAAUGUGGUCAAGAUGCCGAUAGUAAAAAGUGAUGCCUUUAUGAAACACCUCGCACCUUCUUUAAGGAACAAAUACAACAUUUAUU